AUGAGCGUACUGGUUUUGACGAUACUGACCGGGCUGAUUUUUCCGUUUGUCGUGUUCGGUCUGGGGAAAGUGAUCUUUCCGCAUCAGGCGGACGGCAGUUUGAUUGAACAGAACGGCGCGGUUGUAGGUUCGGAACUCAUCGGGCAGAACUUCGCGGCGGCGGGCUACUUCCACCCUCGGCCCUCAGCGGCGGGCGGCGGCUACGAUUCGACCGUUUCGGGCGGAACGAAUCUUGGCCCGACCAGCGACAAGCUGCUGAACGGAAUCCAUAAAAAGUUGGCGGAUGGCAAAACCGACGAUCCGGAUAACUUCGAUGGCGUCAAGGAUUUAGCGGCGGCCUAUCGCAAAGAUAACGGUUUGGCGGAUACCGCGCCCGUUCCCGCUGACGCCGUGACCCGCUCCGCCAGCGGCCUCGACCCGGAAAUCAGCCCGGAGAACGCCAACCUUCAGGUCGGGCGGGUCGCGAGGGCCCGUAAUAUGGACGAAAGCGCCAUUCGCGCAGUGGUCGGGGAAAACACAGCGGGCCGGACGCUUGGACUGCUUGGGGAACCGCGUGUCAACGUCUUAAAAUUGAAUAUGGCGCUGGAUAAGAUGAAGGCGCUGCCCGCGCCGCCAACGCCUGCGACGCCUGCGCCGAGUACAAGCAUUUCACAAUUUAUCUGGCUGCUGCUAAUCGCUUUUUUUGUUGCGCUGAUAGUGCGGCGCUUCAAGAUUCCCUAUGCGCUCGCGCUGGUUGUUACCGGAUUACUCAUCGGGUUUCGCCAUCUGCUGCCACAGGCGCAUCUGGAGCCCUCGGCGCUGUUCACGGUGUUUUUGCCGCCGCUGCUGUUCGAGUCGGCGAUUAAUUUGCGCCUGGGGGCGCUCCAUCAGGACUGGAAACCGAUUGCGAUUUACACACUGGCGGGCACAGUCGCUUCCACGUUUAUUGUUGGCUGUCUGACGGCGUGGAUGCUGCAUAUUCCGCUGGCGGCAGGCCUGGUUUUCGGCGCGUUGAUUUCGACAACCGACCCUAUUUCGGUGAUUGCGAUUUUCAAGCGACUCGGCGCGGGCCGACGGCUGACGCUUAUUAUGGAAGCGGAAAGCCUGUUCAAUAAUGAUACUGCCGUCGUGCUGUUUACCGUAAUGCUGGCAGCGGUUGCGGGCGGCUCUAUUUCCAUUGGAUCGGGAGUGGGACAGUUUUUGCAGUUGAUGGUUGGUGGCGCGCUUCUGGGAACGUCCAUUGGGGUCAUUGCUUCGCGAGUCCAUUUUGAGCUGGAUGACCAUCUUAUUGAAAUCACGCUGACGACGCUGGUGGCGUUUGGUUCGUAUUUGAUUGCGGAAACGAUCCAUGUAUCCGGAGUCAUGGCGGUCGUGACGGCGGGCAUUGCCAUUGGAAACUAUGGAAUGCCUUCUGCCAUGUCGCCCGGCACACGGCUUGCCGUCGUCGCGUUCUGGGAAUAUCUGGCGUUUGUCGUCAACUCUAUCGUAUUUUUGUUAGUGGGCGUUGAAGUCGCUUAUGUGGGCUGGAAGCAUCAUAUUGCGUUCACUGUAGGCGCUAUAGGCUUUGUUUUGCUGGGCCGCGCUGCGAUCUAUCCUCUUUCGCUGCUGGUUAAUCGUGUUGGAGGCAGUGUGCCGCGCGCAUGGCAGCACGUUUUAUUCUGGGGCGGACUGCGCGGCGCCCUUUCGAUGGCGCUGGCGCUGGGGUUGAGCCGGGACUUUCCUGCGCGGGAUGCGCUUGUCGCCGGGACGUUUGGCGUGGUUCUGUUCUCACUGCUGGCGCAGGGCACAACGGUCGGGCCGCUCAUGAAGCGGCUGGGAUUGUGCGGCCCGGAGCGUCACGAACUUAAAGAUCAGCGCGUUCUCGCGGGCGAAAUGGUGGCUGUGCAGGCGGCGCUGGCGGAAUUAGAGCGGCUUCGUUCGCAUGAAGCGCAUCCGAACUGGUCGGUGGAAUUGCUGACGCAAAGCUAUCGCGCCCGUGUGGUUGCGCUGGAGAAAGCGCUGGCCGAUUUGCAGCCCGAUCAUAAGACGCUUCAGCAGGAGCAGGCGAACCGCGCCCAUCGUCAGGCGCUGAUGGCGGAGAAAAACGCUCUGCUGGAAGCCGAGCGUCAGGGAUGGAUGGAAGCGGACGACUGGCGCGAUCUGGGGGCCAGAAUUGACGCGGAGUUACUGGCCUUGCGGCUCAGUGAGGAAGCGCGUUGA